UCAGGGAUCCAGUUACCAACUUCUCCGACACCGGGCCACGUGACUCAGGUCCUCCUCAUUUUUAAAAAGAGCUGCUACCCUGUAAUUCCCUCCACAGCUUCAAAGAGGUGCUAAAUGCUCCCCCUGUGCCAGAUGACCGACUUUCGCACCUUUUGCACCUUCUGUGUCAGAGGGACAACUACUGGAGAGUGCACCGCGGCGAAAAAGUGACUUGUGCGCUGGACCGAGUCAAUCACAUUUCUUCUCCGAUAAGUUGGCGUGCAUCCUGCAAAUUAGCCUCAUCGGUAUCCUCCGUCUUUGAUCUGCUGGCCAAGGAUGGUACUGGACCAUAGGAGCGCAUUUCGCGCCUCCGUUUUGCUGGCAUGUGUGAUAAUGUGCGGUAACGUGCUAUGUCCCGUCGCUGCCUAUCUCUACAGCAACCGCUACGCAGGUGAUCAAGUCUUCAGGAUAACCCCGAGUAAUGAUGAGGAGGUCCGAGUGCUCAAGAAAAUUCUGGGACACAUGAAGGUGGACUUCUGGCAGCCCAACAGUGCUACUCUAAUCUGUCAAAAUGCCACUGUGGAUGUCCAUGUGAAACGCAAUGACACGCAAGGUUUACAUGCACGCUUAAAGCAGGAACAUAUUGAUUAUCGGGUGUUUAUCUCCAAUCUGCAGAAGGAAAUUGAAAAACAGACAGGAUAUCGCUCCUCUCGCAAGCGGAGGUCAGAGUCUCAGUAUGACUACGAGGUUUACCACUCUCUGGAAGAGAUCCAGAGCUGGAUGUUUGAGAUGAACAGAACCCACACUGACCUGGUUGACAUGUUCUCAAUUGGGAAGUCGUAUGAGGGUAAACCACUUUAUGUGCUUCAGAUAGGAAAGAGAAGUCGUCAUCAGAAGAAAGCCGUUUGGAUCGACUGUGGCGUCCAUGCCAGAGAGUGGAUAGGACCUGCUUUCUGCCAAUGGUUUGUCAAAGAGGCAAUCAACUCAUACCAUUAUGACUCUGUGAUGAGACGACUGCUUAACCAGCUCAACUUCUACGUCAUGCCCGUCUUCAAUGUGGAUGGAUAUGAUUUCAGCUGGACCACGGAUCGGUUCUGGAGGAAAACACGGUCCAAAAAUCACAAGUUCCACUGCCGAGGAGUGGACGCUAAUAGAAACUGGAAAGUGAAAUGGUGUGAGGAAGGUGCCUCCUCUCAUCCCUGUGAUGACACCUAUUGUGGUCCCUUCCCUGAGUCUGAACCUGAAGUCAAGGCCGUCGCCAAAUUCCUGCGCAAGUACAAGAAACGCGUCAAAGCAUAUAUAUCCAUCCACGCCUACGCCCAAAUGCUGCUUUACCCCUAUUCUUACAAGUAUGCCACUAUCCCCAACUUCCACUGCGUGGAGUCAGCAGCUCAUAAUGCAGUGACAGCCCUGUACUCCGCCUAUGGAGUGAGGUACAGAUAUGGACCUGCCUCUACCACCCUGUAUGUUAGCUCAGGCAGCUCUAUAGACUGGGCCUACAGAAACGGGAUCCCGUAUGCGUUUGCCUUUGAGUUGAGGGAUACAGGACACUUCGGCUUCCUCCUGCCCGAGUCCCUGAUCAACCCAACCUGCACUGAGACUACGAGGGCAGUAAAGGCCAUUGCAUCAGGUCUGCUUAAGAAGUGUGAAACAGACAGGGACAAAUUUCCAUAUAUAUGAGCUAACUGUAGGUCCCCCGCCAGAGCUCCACCUUCCCAGUUCCUUAUCUCAACAAAUCAUAUUUCUUUGAGAUUACAUAUUCCUCGCAGAUAUUAUCAGGUGAAGAGCUGAGAAGGGACAACAAAGCAUACAUUUUAAUUUGCUUUUCUUGUGUUUAAGGUUGUUCGCCUUAUUUUCCUUUUAUGAUGAAAUAUGAACGUAUGGGGGUGUUUUCUGUGUGUGUGCCAAUAUCCAUGAAUCAUAUGAGUGACCAGCCUGUUUACAUACAAUAAGAUAAGAUUUGGUGUUAAAGAGCGUCCUGCUUGAUCAGUGGGCCAUUACAGUACUUGCAAAUUCAGUGUCCUGAGCUUAAAUCCUUUUUAGUGUGUAAUCCUCUCCUCCUUCCCCAAUUUCUGUGUUGCUCACCACUUACAGAAAUACUAAUAAUGCAGAUUUUUCUAUGAUACAAGCUGAAUGGUGUUCAUGAGAGCACUUGUCACGAUAGAACAGCACUUUUUUUUUUUUAAGAAACAGCUACGAUUUUAAUGUUUUCCAAAAAUGUGUUAUGUUAAACAAACUUUUUACAAAAAAUUUUAAUAACCCUAUCGCUAUUUUUAUUCUGGUUGCGAUUUAUUUUGAAAUUAGGCCUACCAAGUGCCAGUAGCUUAAUGUUAAUGUAUUAAUGCCGUUAUUACUGCAACAUUGUUGGUGUACAUAAUUUGCUAUCACCUGACAAUCUUAGGUUUGGUUUAAAUUGAGAUUUUUUUGUUAGAUUGUUGUUGUUGUUUUUUUUUAUUUGGUUCAGACUGAAAUUUUGAUUGAAUGACCUGUCACUUCAGCAGCUUACUGUGUCAUU